AUGCGAUGGAUUCCGUCCGAACAUAAUGUCGCUGAUGAGGCAACUAAAAUCAAAAGAGAUCGCAAAUUGGAUUCGUCAUCUCGUUGGUACAAGGCUCCAGAGUUCCUGUACGACAAAGAAGAAGAUUGGUUCAAAGACCAAGGCGAUAUCGAAUAUUUUACCGAAAACGAAGUGAGACCAAGCUUUUCAAUGGCUUGUCGUGAAAUCAUUCGACCGCAAAUCAUCGACAUUGAAAGGUUCUCUCAAUGGAAUCGGCUUGUUAGAGCUCAAGCAUAUGCUCUCAGAUUCAUUUUCAAUGUUCGCCAUUCACAACAAGAACGUCAAUUCGGGCCGCUGGUACAACAGGAAAUCCUCGAUGCCCGAAAAUCACUUGUAUCGUCCGUGCACAAACCGCUAAAAGAGCAAAAAGACUUCGAAAAGUCUAGUAUUCUACGCACUUAUUCACCAUACAUCGACGAAGACGGUGUUAUUCGAAUGCGUGGAAGAAGCGAUGCAGCCACCGUUUUAUCGCACGACACGAAACGUCCAAUCAUCCUUCCAAGACGUCAUCGGAUUACUCGUCUCAUUGUGGAUUAUUAUCAUCGACGUUACAAGCACAUCAACCAUUCUACUGUCCUCAAUGAAAUCCAACAGAAAUUCAUUAUACCGGCUCUUCGUGUGGUCCUGAAAAGCAUUAGAACAUCAUGCCAAAAAUGCAAAAAUUUAUCGGCAGAACCGAAGAUUCCCGAGAUGGCCGAGCUUCCUCCUGGGCGAUUAGCGGCGUAUACUUUACCAUUUACUUUCGUCGGAAUAGACUUUUUUGGCCCGAUAAGAGUUAGAAACGGAAGAAAAACGCGAAACCGUCCAGUGAUCAUGGAAAAAAGAUGGGUUCUAUUGUUCACUUGCUUAACGACACGAGCCAUUUGGAUGGAGAUCACUCAUUCACUUGAAACGAAUUCCUGCGUUAUGGCCAUCGACAACUUCAUUUCGAGGAAAGGCCAGCCGAAGAGAGUCUUCUGCGACAAUGGUACGUCGUUUCACGGUUCGGAAAAGGAGCUACGUGACGAAUUCAGUAAAAUAAACCAAAGGGACUUGGCAGAAAGAUUCACUAGUUCUGAGAUGGAAUUCAGAUUCAAUCCACCGGCUACUCCACACAUGGGUGGAGUAUGGGAACGUCUCAUUCGCACAGUCAAAUCAUGCCUUAAACAAACAAUGCUAACCAGAUGUCCUAACGACGAAAUGUUAAAAAAUCUAAUCGUGUCGGCUGAGAAUAUCGUCAAUUCAAGACCGCUGACUUACGUGGCAUUGGAAUCGGCUGAUGAAGAAGCAUUAACCCCGAACCAUAUCUUGCUUGGAUCUUCGAAUGGAAGAAAACCGUUGGGAGAGUUCCCCGACAAAGACUUAGCAAGAAACACCUACAAAGCCGUACAAAUUCUUGCGAAUAAUUUUUGGCGGCGAUUCGUCUUGGAGUACAUGCCAACACUCACCAAAAGAACAAAAUGGUUCAAGCAAAUGGAGCCGAUCAAAGUCGGUGACGUCGUGAUAGUAGUCGACGAACGGAACGAGCGUAAUACAUGGCCAAAGGGAAUCGUCGAGAAACUUAUGCCUGACAAAAGAGGAAUUGUGCGGCAAGUUAUGGUGCGAACAGCUAAAGGAAUUCGACGACGAUCUGUUGGGAAGCUAGCCGUUUUGGAUGUGAAACCGCCCAUGGAAGAUGUCAAUCAGGACUCAAUGGUGUCGAUUCACGGAGAGGGGAAUGUUGGGCAGCAACACAUGACCGGCAACACUGAUCUACAUCCAUUUCAUUCAGCAACAGGAUUGCCUGAUUCUGCUGUAAAUUAGUGACAGUCGUGGUACCGGAAAAACAUUUGUUCUUUUGAUUUCAUUAGAAAACGGCCAAGUGAUUCAAAGCUCGAAGUAAAUUUAAUUUAAUCGUAAAAUCGAUCCGUUCAAAUCGAUCAAUUAUUUCUUUUAAUCGAAGUACGUAGUGUGUUGUGUUGUGAGAUAACGAUUGUUGCUAGCGGAGUUUGCCAAGGAGGUAAAAAUUGAUUUUUUCGUGAAGCACCAAGUGUGCAGGUUUUCAUUUGCAGUUUGAUUGAUUUACAGGCGAAACGUUCGCGGAACAUUAUAAUUACACGAAUCAACAGCCUGUGUUGUAAGCUGUCGAAUCGUGAACUGUAAGGAAUUUGUAAAAAUUAUUGAAAUUGAUCAGGAAUUAAUUGAGGUUAUGUUUAGUUAUAGUUACAUCGCUCAUACACACACACGCACGCGCAUUGAUCUGAAUUGUUAUUUAUCGGCAAAGGAAUGCUAAACAAAUUUGAAGUGUUUGAUUAAAGAGUUGAAAUCAAGACGUGACGUUUCCUUUAACUCAACGACACUCACAAAUUUAAAAUCCAGCCGACAA